AUGCAGGAAUUAAUGGCUGGCCGUGGUAGACGAGUUGAUACCGAAAUCCAAGCUAUGAAGGAUACCUUAAGGCAAUUGAUUCAGGUUACGCAGAAUCUGGCACAGAAUAAUCUUGGUCACCUACACCCACCCCACCAAGACGUAGCUGGUGAACUGUACAAGAAAAUAAGCAUGAAUAAGCCUACCUACUUCACCGGGAAGGGUGAUCCAGCUGCACUAGAAGAUUGGUUUCAUGAAUUCGAGCGAUUGUUUGAGACCCUUAACUGUCCGGAAAAUUUGAAAGUACCUAGUGCGGUGUUCUACAUCCGCGAAGAAGCUGACAUGUGGUGGAAUCGUGCUAAAGCGACCCUGCAACAACAAGCAAACUUUGGCUGGGAACAAUUCAAGAUCGCUAUUCGUGCAAAGUUUCUACCUCCCCAUGCCAAGAAGCAGAAAAACCUGGAAUUCAUCUCUCUGAAGAUGGAAGGGACGAACAUGACAAUUCAUGAGUACCACCAGAAGUUUAUUGAUCUUAUGAGGUUCGCACCUGAAACUGUCCCUACUGAGGAAAUCAAAGCUCAAAAGUUCGAAUUGGGACUAUCUUAUGAACUGCAAGAAAAACUGUCGGGAGAAAACUUCACUUGCAUGGAUGUCUGCUAUGGAAAGGCUGCCCAUCUGGAGGGCAUAAAACUGAGGAAAGAGGCAAGCUCCGCUGGGGAUAAGAGGAAAGACAACGCCGUUCAGAACCAUCAUCGUUUUGACAAGAAGCCCAAGUUCGGGAAUAAUUUCAAUGGUGGUUCUCACGGCAAUGGAAAGCAGCCGAAUGGGAAUCGCUUUGAAGGGAAAAAGAGUGGGAAUGGUGGUCAAACCCAACGGUACCACUACUGCAAAAACUGCCCCAACAAUCACCCAGGGAAAGACUGUAAUGGAGAAUUAGUGGAGUGCAACAAGUGUGGAAAGAAGGGUCACCGACGCUAUGAAUGUUAUUCCAAUGUUAAGAACGCCAAUGGCAAUGGGAACUACCAAACUCAUCCGGGAAAUGGGGGAAAUGGUAGUCACCAGUACAGGAAUGGCAACGGGAAUCAACAAUACAAGAACGGUAAUGGAAACAAAGGUUAUAAUUCUCAACAAGGCCAAGGAUUCAAGGCGAACGGGAAUGGAAAUGGAUCCAAUCCUAAUGGUAACGGAAAUGGAAAUGGGAAUGCACCGGGGAAGCUCAAUGUAAUGAAUAACCAGGAGGCUGGAGCGUUACAUGAUGUGGUGACGGGUACAUUUUCUAUUUACUCAACACCUGUUAGAGUUUUAUUUGAUUCAGGAGCUUCAUAUUCUUUCAUUUCCAGUUCUAUUUUAGAAAUCUUAAACUUAGAUAAUCCGAAAUCUGUGUCUGUCCCUAUAGCUUUUCCUUCUGGGGAAAUAGUAAAUUGUGAAAAGUUUUAUGAUGGGGUAGAAAUUUGUAUUGCUGGUGCUAUUUUUCCUUCAAACCUUAUUGAAUUUCAGUUGGGUGGUCUAGAUGUUAUUUUGGGAAUGGAUUGGUUAGGGAAAUAUCAGGCAAAGAUAGAUUGCCAAGCACAAAAAGUUAAACUUAAAAGCCCAUUAGGAAAUGAUGUUUCAUACCAGAGGAUUGGGAAUAAACCAGGGAAAGGUUCUCCUCUAUAUUUUUGCUGUGUGAGACGGAUAGAGGAAGAGGUAGUUUUACUAGAAGAUAUCCCAAUAGUGAACGAGUUUCAAGAUGUUUUCCCUAAUGAUGUUCCAGAUAUGCCACCUAAGAGAGAUGUCGAGUUUACCAUAGAUUUAGUUCCAGGCACGGGACCGAUUUCUAAGGCACCUUAUAGAAUGGCACCUGCUGAAAUGAAUGAGUUGAAAGGUCAACUGGAGGAUCUAUUGGAUAAGGGGUAUAUUAGGCCUAGCACCUCCCCAUGGGGUGCACCCGUAUUGUUUGUAAAAAAGAAAGAUGGGACCCUUAGGCUAUGCAUUGAUUACCGUGAACUUAAUAAUGCCACUGUGAAGAAUAAGUACCCUUUGCCCAGGAUUGACGACUUGUUCGAUCAGCUCAAGGGAGCCGGAAUUUUCUCCAAGAUAGACCUUCGUUCGGGUUACCACCAAGUCAGAAUAGUCGAUCAAGACAUCCCAAAAACAGCCUUUAGGACUCGUUAUGACCGUGAAGAGCACGAGGGUCACCUUAGGACCAUCCUCCAAACACUUAGAGAUAGCCAGCUAUAUGCUAAAUUUUCCAAGUGUGAGUUUUGGCUCGAAAAAGUCUCAUUCCUAGGCCAUUUCAUUUCUAAGGAAGGGGUAUCUGUAGACCCGGCAAAGAUAAAGGCUGUGAGUGAAUGGGUUGCCCCAAAGAAUGUCACUGAGGUAAGGAGUUUCUUAGGUUUAGCAAGAUAUUAUAGAAGAUUCGUGAAAGACUUUUCCAAAGUAGCUAGACCCAUGACCAACCUCAUGAAAAAGGAGACAAAGUUCGUGUGGACCGAAGACUGCGAGCAUGCUUUCCAAUCAUUGAAAGAGAGAUUGACUACAACACCAAUAUUGACUCUACCUGAUGGUACAGAUGGCUUUGAGGUUUACAACGAUGCGUCAAAGAAUGGAUUAGGUUGUGUGCUAAUGCAGAACAGAAAAGUGAUAGCCUAUGCCUCUAGACAGCUAAAACCAUAUGAAGCCAAUUACCCCACUGACGACUUAGAACUUGCUGCUAUAGUAUUUGCUUUAAAGAUAUGGAGACAUUACCUGUACGGAAUAACUUGCAAAAUUUUCACUGAUCACAAGAGCCUGAAAUAUAUCUUCACCCAGAAAGACCUCAACAUGAGGCAAAGAAGGUGGUUAGAAUUGAUCAAAGACUAUGACUUAGACAUCCAAUACCAUGGAGGGAAAGCCAAUGUAGUAGCUGACGCCCUUAGCAGAAAAACAAGUCACAGUUUGAAAGCCUUGGUAGUUCCUGAUGCACUUUGUGAGGAGUUCGAGAAGCUGAGUAUUGAAAUUAUUCGUCCAGGGGGAUUAGAAGCUAGAUUAUGUGCUCUAACAAUCCAACCUACGUUCUUUCAAGAAAUUCUAGUUAAUCAACCUGGGGAUCCUGAGUUAGAAAAAGUGAAGAAGAGAUUGAGUGAAGGCAAGGCCGAGGGGUUUGUAAUCCAUGGUGAUGGUAGUGUCCGAUAUAAGGGUAGAUGGUGUAUACCCCAGAAAUGUGAAGAGAUCAAAAAGAAAAUCAUGGAAGAAGCACAUAGUACACCGUACUCGGUACAUCCUGGAGGAGAUAAUCUUUACAAGGAUCUAAAGAACAUGUGUUUGGUGGCCCGGAAUGAAAAAGGAGGUAGCAGAAUUUGUGUCUUGUUGCCUGACAUGCCAGAAGGUGAAGCAUGA